AUGAACGUCAUUGAUCUCAGUAGCCAACAAGUUAAGGACGAAAGCUGUGAAUACAUUGAUCUCAAUCAAGCUGAAACCGAAGUAUUCGAGUCAUCGCCAUUGAAAGAGGUUGUUCAAAAUACCGUCGAUGAGGAACAGGUACCUGACUAUGAACCGCAGAUUAACUCACAGAAUAUACCUGCAAUUGAAACCACAAGGGAUAAACUGGGAAAUUUACAGCUGGAACAGCAUGUCGAAGAAUACAGUGCUGUGAAUAGGCGGAAAGAGAUACCAGAAUCUAUGGAACAGCGGUUAUUGCGUAUAAAGGAUGAGUUGGAGGAGAUCAAGGCAUUACAAGAGCUGGGUCACGAUUCUGUUAACUCUCAGGAUCUCAAAAUGCUAGAAGAUCUUCACCACCAGUUGAACUCCGAUUCACAAUCAAAAAUGCAGGGAUUAAGACAGAGACUUUCUAAAGAGACGGAAGCAGAUGCUGUGGUUCUACCUCAUUUUACAAUGAACUUCGAAGACUGUAAAAGGUUACUGGAAGUAGAUCAGAGAAUGUCAUUACUAGAAGGAAAAGUGGGCUCUACUCUAGAUCAAGAGGAUGACAAGUCUUUAGUGACUAAAUUGGAAGUACUCUUCCGUCAGAUCAAGAUCCUUAAGAAUGAUAGUGAUACAUUGGGUCAAUUCCAUGAGAGAUUAGCGCAAAUUAACAAAAACUAUGAGGAUUCACUUGCAGGAAGAAAAGCACGAACUGAUGCCAAGCUUUAUGAUGCAAUAUGUGGAGGGAUGACUAUGCAAGAAACAAAAGUAGAAGAAUUGUACAAAUAUCAUGGACUACUAGAGAGUUACGGUCCCAUUUUCCCUCAACUAUUAAAUCGAAUUAAACAACUUAGCGGGAUGAGUGAUAAAAUUCUUGAGAGCUAUGAGAUCGCGCAUUCUUUAAACUCUUCUGUCAUGGACCUUCAAUCCCAGGCAAAUAAAUGGGAAAAUAUCUUGAAUUCUGUAGAGCAAAAAUUGGACCAACAAGAAAUUGAUCUGAAUAAAAAUGCCAGCUACGUGAAUAAGAGAAUAGCAGCGCUGGAAAAUAAGCCCAAAAGCUGA